AUGAAGGCCAAGCUUCUAAGUGCCAAUCUCCUUCCAGCCUUUGUGCUUGAUUCAUAUCUUUCUGUUGCAAAUUCAGCAAUUUUCAAACAGCUCAACGUUCUUCUCCUUUGUUGUGCUUCUGUCUGCCCCGAGUCUGAUCAACACUGCCCCAAUUCCGCUCGGUGGAUUGAAGAGAGUGGCUCCUCCUUCCUCAUCUUUUGA